AUGAAACCCACAACAAACAAAUGCCAUGGAAAUCAAACAACCAUCACAGAAUUCAUUCUCCUGGGAUUGGGGACAUUCCCUCAACUGCACAUUCUUCUCUUCCUGCUGUUUCUAGUGAUCUACAUUGUGACUCUGGCCGGGAACAUCCUCAUCAUUGCACUAGUUGUGGCUGAUCAGCACCUUCACACCCCCAUGUACUUCUUCCUGGGGAACUUGUCCUGCUUAGAGACCAGUUACACCUCGGCUAUCAUGCCCAGGAUGCUGACCAAUCUCUUGACUGGGGACAGAACCAUUGCUGUUCAUGCCUGCCUCACACAAUUAUAUUUCUUUGCUUCUCUGAUAGGCGCUGAAUGUUAUCUCUUAUCUGUGAUGUCUUAUGAUCGGUAUUUAGCGAUAUGCAAACCUCUGCAUUAUUCAGCACUCAUGAAUGGCAGUUUCUGUAUCAAGCUGGUGGCCGGGACAUGGAUAGGUGGAUUUAUGUCUGUUGCCUUCUUAAUAUCUAUGAUGUCACAAUUAACAUUCUGUGGGUCCAAUGAAAUUGACCAUUUCUUUUGUGAUUUUCGCCCAAUAAUGAAACUGUCCUGCAGUGACACCCACACCCUGGAAGUUACUGCUUUCAUAAAUUCCUCCAUAUUUAUAUUGCUUCCAUUUCUGUUGACCCUAGCAUCCUAUGGUAGUAUCAUCUCCACCAUCCUGAGAAUUCCUUCCAUCACCGGGAGAAAAAAGGCCUUUUCCACCUGCUCCUCUCACCUCAUUGUGGUGUCAAUUUUCUAUGGAACUCUAGUCAUUGUAUAUUUGUUAUCAGACUCUGAUGCACUGAGGGACCUGAACAAAGUGUUCUCUAUCUUUUAUGGAGUCCUCACCCCAUUGGUCAACCCCCUGGUAUACAGCUUGAGAAACAAGGAGGUGAGGGAAGCCUUGAGAAAAACUGUCCUUAGUUUGCAAGAUCAUAUCUCCAUGAUUGGUCCAUUAAAUAUAUAUAUAAAAAAUCUGACUCACACAAGUAGUCUAUACUCAUCUUUGUGUGCCUGUUGA